AUGGAGCUUUCAAACCAAUCUCUUGUUGCACAGUUUAUCAUUGUAGGCUUUCCUGAUGUUGGUGGAUAUGCGGCCUUGUUGUUUCUCCUUCUGCUUAUCAGCUACAUUUUUACUCUAAGUGGCAAUGUUACAAUAAUAACCCUUAUCGGCACUCAUCGUCAGCUUCAUGUUCCUCUUUAUAUUUUUGUUGCUAUACUCUCCUUCUUGGAAAUGUGGUACACCACUGUUACUAUACCGAAAAUGUUGACAAAUUUGGUAAAUGUUAAGGUCAUUUCUUAUACUGGCUGUUUAUUGCAAAUCUACUUUUUUCAUAGCCUUGGUAUUACAGAAGCCUAUCUUUUAACAGCAAUGGCUUUUGACCGCUACAUGGCCAUAUGCAACCCUUUACGGUACCCAUCCAUAAUGACUAUUGUGUGUUGUUUUCAAUUGGCAGCUUGCUGUUGGGUUAUUGGCUUCAUUGGACCCUUAACUCAAAUUAUUUUGCUGUCCCAUCUUUUGUUCUGUCAUUCAAACCUAGUUAAACAUAUCUUCUGUGACUUCACUCCACUUAUGAAUUUGGCCUGUUCAGACACGUCACUUAACAUCAAAGUUGACUUUGUAAUCAAUUUCUUUAUUAUUUUUGUUUCUUUCACUUGUAUUCUUUUGUCCUAUUUGAAAAUAAUUUCGACUGUGUUAAAAAUAAAGACAGCAGAGGGCAGGAAAAAGGCAUUUUCUACAUGUGGAGCCCAUCUGACAGUUGUCUUUCUUUUUUUUGGAAGUGUGUGCUUUAUGUAUGUUAGGCCAAUCAAAACAAACUCUGCAAGCUAUGAUCGCAUAAUGGCUGUGAUUUACUCGGUUUUAACGCCAAUGUUAAAUCCAGUAAUUUAUAGCCUAAGGAAUCAAGAAAUUAGACGAGUACUGAAGAAGAAAUUUGCAGAAUUAUUUAAAGAUCUUGUUUAA